CGCACCAAUGCUCAGAAAAACAUCGAUGAAAUACUAUUUUUAAUCCAGCUAAACUUUGAGUUUUACAUUUGAAAUAGCAUACAAGAUCGGACAAAAUCAGAAAAAUGCCUAAGUUGAAGAUUUGCAUAAGCGGGAGAGAUUUUCUAGUAUCAUUGGCAUCCAUAGAAAAUAGCAAUCCAUUCAACAAAGGUCUUUUGAGCAAGGACAGUGACUACUAUGACGAAGAAAUGAAAUGCCUGUUCUUCGAGAGGAAUCCAGAUCUAUUCCCAAUGGUUCUGGAGUAUAUACGCACAGGGGAGGUUCAUUUGUUUGGCAACUUCUGUGGCCAAGUCGUCCAACAAGAGCUAAAAUUUUGGGGCAUCAGCGAACGUGAGAUAAGAAUAUGUUGUUGGGAUAGGUUCAGGGAAAAUGAUGAUAAGUUGACCUGUUUCAAUGUCGUGAAGAACGCACUGAGUUGGUCCCAAAAGCUCCACGAGGGAUCACUCCUGGAUGGGCCACGUGAAGAAACCAGAAGAAAAAUUCGGAUAUUCUUGCAGGACCCCUUCUCAUCUGUCACAGCCAAGCUUUGGGCAUCGUUUAUGUUCAUGGCAAUUUGCGCAUCAGUGGCGAUCGUAUGCAUGGAAACAGAUGAGUUCUUCAGAUCUCCAGCCUUGCUAACUGUACCAAAGAUCAACAGCAAUGAAACCAACCCAAAGUACAAGAUGUAUGAUACAACAGAUGCUCGCCUGGAGAUAAUGAUAAUUGAUAUCGCGCUGAACGCUGUGUUUACUGUGGAAUUACUGCUAUGGUAUAUGACGUUUGUGAAUUUGAGGGAUUGCCUCAUGUCAUUUAUGACCUACGUGGAUUUUAUCAGCAUCUCUGGCACCUGGAUGCAGUACAUUAUCAUCUUCUCGUAUCCUCGCUUCAGAUUCGUCGACGACUCCAUCUACUUCUUGUUCCACCUUAUCGAUAUUAUGCGGCUCAUCAGAGUCUUCAGACUUUUGAAACUCGCUGCCUUUUUCAAAGAGUUCCAUGUCCUGUUGCUGACACUGAAAGCCAGCGUCAAAGAGCUUCUUCUUCUGUGCACUUUGAUCUUCACGUGGAUGACCAUAUUUGCCGUGUUGAUCUACAUAGCAGAGCUGACCGAACCCAAUAAUUUUCACUCCAUAUUGAAAGGAUUUUGGUGGUCAGUGGUCACCAUGACAACGGUUGGAUAUGGAGAUACCCAUCCGGAGUCUGCGCCUGGUUACAUUGUUGGAUGCUUCUGCGCCUUGUGUGGACUGUUAUGUACAGGUCUUCCAAUACCUAUUAUAGGAAAUAGGUUCAACCAAUACUACAACUCAGCGCAACUAGUGGAAUCACUUGCUCAACGGUCACCCAACAACGUAGAAAACAGUUUAAAUAAUGCAGACGACAAUGUAGAAGCAGACGACAAUACUCUAGUUGUCAACGAUAAUGUACAUACAGCAGACAAUGUAGAUACAAAUGAUGAAAGAGACAAAACGGACAUUGAAGGAAAAGAACACGAUUCAAAUAAUAACAUUAUAGAUAUACCAAAGGGGCCCGUGUUUGGAGAUACAAGUCGCAUUCAAGUUGAACACAUGUGUGGGGUUACCUCAAUAGAGAACAGAAAUCUGUAUGCUGAAUCGCCCAUAUGCGGAAACGAGGAUCCGGGUAGUUUGGCUGUAGCUGACAAUGAAGAAUUUAAUAUUGCAUAUACAUCGAUUACCUACACAAAUCUUGGCUAUACGUAAACAAUAAGCUAGUGGCAAUGCAAAGGAAAACUAAACAUAAAUAACUUUUUUCUUUCUUCCAAAAUAUCAUUCAAUUUCUGUAGAUGAUUUUGUUACUUAUAUAUGAAGGUACUUUUCUGAUGACUAUGGUCAGUUUGAAUAGUCAUUGUCACGCCGUAUAUUUAUUUUCAACCAAUUUAUCUCCUUAACACCAAAACUAUUUGCGAUGAUUUACACUCGAGAUAUAUUCAAAUCACCAAAAAGAAGGUGCUCGAUUAUUCCAAUUAUGUCUCUGAAAAUAUCCUAAAAACAGAAUUCAAUUUUCAAUAGAGGUUUAGCACUUUUCUAAAGAUGUCGCCUGUGAGGCUACUUUAAGUAAUGUAAUUAUUCUAAACAGCCAUAACAUCAGGUAUAGAACGUAGAUACUGAAUCAAUCAAUCAUAUUCAAUUUGGUAAAAUAUAAGACCAACAAGUUUGAUAAUCUGUCAGCAUAUAUUCAAUUAGUCUUUUUCCGUCUUAACACAAUUGGAAAAUUCCUGAAAACUCUGAAAUAAUUCAGUUUCAGUAAAUGCUUCAGACAUGGUGAUUUAUGCAUAUAACUAGGUAAAAGUAUCUAAUUAUUUCAAGGUAAAUAAAUAUUAUGCUUAUUUGUAGUUAAUAUACUAAGUGUGUUAUGAUUGACCAAUCCAUCUGUCAUAACUAAGCAAAUGGAGAUCAGAUACAUUUAAAUUAUUUUGGGAAAAUAUUUGAGCGAUCUUUUGAUCCAAUAUGGCUGUCCAAUCAAAAUGGACCAAACGAAUUUGAUACUUCCUUAUUUGGGUAGGAUAUGCAAAUGAGUUAGGAUAGCGAGUAUACCCCACUUUUACACGGCUAAAACUAAGUGGACAAAAUGUUGGAUAUUGGUGCAGAUAGCGUAUCUCAUGGACUUCUCUAAGAAAUGGCAAAUUUUCAUUGGAAAAACCUGGUAAUCAUUUUACUAGUUCUAGUCUGCCCUAACGAAAUAACAGCAACUUGGUGGUAAGUGUUGGAACCCUUUUAUUUAUUUAAAACAAUUUGGUAGUUUAUACCAAUACGUAUCACU